CUGACAGAGAGACAACACUCUUAACACCAAAGAAGAAACAGUCAGUAUAUUUUCAGGAUCCCCAAAAAGAACCACAAAGAACUUCAGUUUGAUUCAUUCGCAUCAGGCAAAAUCUUAGGUAUUUUUCUGACUUUUGACUUUUGCGUUGUGGACAAGGACUAACAGUGAGGCUCAAAGAUGCAUCUUCUCGCCGUGGUUCUCUCUGUGUUGCUGUGCCUCUCUUCGGUCCCGGGUCCGGCGGACGGAGCGGAGAAGAGCUGCGCCGACCUGCGGCAGUUCUACACCGGGAAAGGAUUCACUCUGGGCGGUGUUCCUCAGACCGAAAUCCCCGGUGAACACCUGAGGAUGUGCCCACAAGGUCCCACCUGCUGCACCAGCAGCAUGGAGGAGGGCCUGGCUGGCUUGAGCGCCAGAGAGACCGAGGCUCUGAUCAGAGAGGCUGGCAGGUCGCUGCAGGCUGCCAUCAACACUCUGCACAGGAACUUCGACUCCUAUUUCACAGACCUCCACAGUCGCUCGGAGCAAAGCCUCCAGGAGGUGCUCUCCCCCCUCGGCCCCCUGUACUCCCAGAACACCCGUCUCUACAGUGAUCUCUUCGCCGACCUGAGACGCUACUACCGCGGCUCUGCCCUCAACAUCGACGAGACUCUAUCGGAGUUUUGGUCCCGCCUCCUGGAGCGCGCUUUCAAGAGCUCCACUCCUGCAGAGGUGAGCCUAUCAGAGGACUACCUGGAGUGUGUUGCUAAGCAACAGGAGACGCUGCGGCCAUUCGGGGACAUCCCGCGCGACCUGAAGGGGAAGGUGAUCAGGGCUUUCGUCAUGGCCAGGUCGUUUGUCCAGGGGCUGUUAGUGAGCUCAGACGUGGUCAAGAGGGUAUCACAGGUUCCUCUGAGCCCCGAGUGUGUGAAGGCCCUGAUGAAGCUGAUUUACUGCCCGCACUGCCGCGGCCUGGCCUCGGUCAAGCCCUGCCCCAACUAUUGCUCCAACGUCAUGAAAGGCUGCCUGGCCAACCAAGCCGACCUGGACGCCGAGUGGCAGACCCUCAUAGACGUCAUGCUGCAGGUGGUGGCUAGUUUCGGCGCAGAGCCCAGUGUAGAUGUGGUUCUCUCCUCCAUCCCCGUUCGCAUCUUUGAGGCUGUACGCUACCUGCAGGACAACAUGGACGCUUUCACUGCAAAGGUGUACCAGACGUGCGGGACUCCAGGUGAGACAGGGACAGGAACUCCAGCCCUUCAAGAGCAAAAGAAGCGGAGCAACUCCCUGACUGCCACCACAGACCACCGACCCUCCCCCACCGCUGGAGUUAGGCUGGAACUUCUGGUGUCGGAUCUCACCAGUAAGCUGAGGGAGAUGCAGCAUUACUGGAUCCAGGUUCCUGUGGCACUUUGCAACAAACUCGCACAAAGUGGCACCAAGCAGGACAAAUGCUGGAACGGCAUGACCAAAGCCAAGUAUCUUCCAGAGGUGAUGGGCGAUGGCUUGGCCAAUCAGAUCAACAAUCCAGAGGUGGAGCUCGACAUCACCAAGCCUGACAUGACUAUCCGGCAACAGAUCAUGCAGCUCAAAAUCAUGAGCAGCAGGCUGAAAAAUGCACUGGAUGGCAACGACGUGGACUUCCAGGACGCAAGUGAUGACAUCAGCGGGUCAGGAAGUGGGAUGUGCGCGAGCGGCCUGUGUCCUCGGAGCAGACCAGGGUUGCACGCCUACCAGCCAGACAGCAGAGUCCGAGCUGCAGCCACGUCCCAAACUCGCCUGUGCAGCCUCUUACUCCUGCUCCCAUUGGCUGCGAUGCUGCUCCAGCGAUGAUGGACAGCCGCCGCCUUCAAUCAGACUUCUGCGGUCCGGAGUAGGGCUGAACCAUGGGAAGGACAAAAGGGGAUUUGGGAGGGUAAGAUAGGAAGGUAACUUUGCCAAAAAAAAAAAAAAAAAGGAAAAAAGACAUUGAGGAAAUGAAUGAAUUGACUAUUUUUCUUUUGACCAAGAGGAGCAAAAAUGGACACAGACGAUAUUCUUUUUGUUUGUUUGUUUGUUUUGUUUACUUGGUUUUAAUAUGUCAUUGUUUGGGUGUGACUCAGUACGUUUAGCUGGUCUUUGGUUACUGUGGAUUCAUGAGACGAAGAUGCUGGGAGGAGAAGGAGUGGAGGAAGAAGAAGAAGAAGAAGAAGAAGACAAAGAAGAAGAAGAUAUAUAAUGAUUGUUAAUGAUGAAGAUGAUCAUGGUGAUGUUGAUGAUAGUGAUUCACUGACGUCCUGUCAGGUCCAUUCAGCUACAGUGACCAGUCACAAGGGGGCAGUGCUGCACCCAUGCCAGCUGACUGUGGCAGUGAUAGCUGUAUGAGAGCUCUCUGAGAAAAGUUUUAGUGCCGAUCUGUGGUGCGUUCAACAAGGCAACAAGCCAACGCCGUCUAACUUAACAAACAUAAUGUAAGUUGUAAAUGUGUCUGUACAUUAGGUAAAAGUUUGGCGUGGUACUGUGCCAUUAAUAUAUGAUGCUAUGUAAGCGAUGAAUACCCCAUAAUUCACUAUAAUCGUCCAGAUGUUUUGUCUAUCGUGUAUGUAUCGUGUUGGCAUACAUGAUACAUACAAGAUACAAGAUUCAUGCAAAAUAGAAAAUAUGUGAAACAUUGCUGAGAAAUGAGUACAUUCUGUUCCUCUAGAAAUUUGCGACAGCCCUAGCAGGGGUUUGGAAUUUUAUGGAAAAUAGUAGAAAAUAUCACCGCUUUUUUUAACAAAUCAUCACCCUUGUAACAGAAUACAAACUUUAAUGAAAGCACUUACAAACAAGCACAGACUAGUGAUUUUCAUAAAUCAUACAAUUUUACGUGGUAUGAAGACUACAAAACACUGCAAAUUUCCCCCUGUCACUGUUGUCAAAGAAGUCUUUUUUUUUUUUUUUUUUUUUUGGUUGGAUUUAUUCGAAAAUCUCCACACAGAACAACGUAUCAUAACACAGUCAGAAUGGAGUCCUUGUUGAACGCACACCUGUGAAACUCACUGAUUGUUACGGACUCUUUUAGAAGUAAGACAUCUGAUUUAUUGGAUGAUGUACAGUAGGUCAAACCAAAGCACUUCUUAUACAUCGGUGUCCUUGCAAAAAUCUUAAAU